CAAUGCUGACCACUCUUGAUGCCUUAAUGGUUUCCAUAUGGGAUUUUUCUUUUCUGGGCACAGGUUUUCUUUGUUCUCCGUAAUAUGACUGGGAUCUUUGCUUUAAGACAUAGAGCUGGAAGGAAACUUGGGGGUCAGAUGGCUCAGCAUCCUCAGUUGACAAGCCAGGAGACUGGCCCAGAAUUGCUCAGUGACUUGUCCAAGGCGAUUAGUGACAGAGCUGCUGCCCCCAACUCAGCCCCAAACCUCUCUCCAGCCUCAAAGGUGGCAGUCAGUUGAUAGUGGAUCUAGGCCUUCCAGUUUGAGGGAAUCUGUUCCAUGGGCUUCCAUAACCUCCCCCCUCAAAAGCGGUUGGUUCUGGUUAACCCCCUCCCCCAUUCCCAAAAGGAGACACCGCAGUGGGAUGGGGGUAGGAGUGGGUUAGGGAGAAAGGGAGGGCUGGCAAAGCCCAGCAAGGGGCAUGGCCCUGUGUCUGUUCCCAAGGGUGGAGCCAGCCGACAGGGCCACCCUGUCCCUUUAAGAGAAGGGGGAGAGCAAGCCCCUCUCAGCGAUUCUGUCCUGUCAUCUGUCCUGGCCAAAUCCAAAAGGGAACAUGAAAGCCGGUCUAGGAGGAACAAGUCCCAGCCAUCUCCCAGGAUCCCUCCCUCGGCUCUAACACCUCAGCUCCAGCUCCAGGCGCCAUGGGCGAGUGGGCGUUCCUGGGCUCGCUGCUGGACGCCGUGCAGCUGCAGUCGCCGCUCGUGGGCCGCCUGUGGCUGGUGGUCAUGCUGAUCUUCCGCAUCCUGGUGCUGGCCACGGUGGGCGGCGCCGUGUUCGAGGACGAGCAGGAGGAGUUCGUGUGCAACACGCUGCAGCCGGGCUGCCGCCAGACCUGCUACGACCGCGCCUUCCCCGUCUCCCACUACCGCUUCUGGCUCUUCCACAUCCUGCUGCUCUCGGCGCCCCCCGUGCUCUUCGUCAUCUACUCGGUGCACCGGGCCGGCAAGGAGGCGGGCGGCGCGGACGCCGGGCCCGGGCCGCCCCCGCGCCGGCGCUGCUACCUGCUGAGCGUGGCGCUGCGCCUGCUGGCCGAGCUGGCCUUCCUGGCGGGCCAGGCGCUGCUCUACGGCUUCCGCGUGGCCCCGCACUUCGCGUGCGCCGGCCCGCCGUGCCCGCACACCGUGGACUGCUUCGUGAGCCGGCCCACCGAGAAGACCGUCUUCGUGCUCUUCUACUUCGCCGUGGGGCUGCUCUCGGCGCUGCUCAGCGUGGCCGAGCUGGGCCACCUGCUCUGGAAGGGCCGCCCGCGCGCCCGGCGCUGUCGCCAGGGGGCCGAGCGCGACGGCCGCCGCCACCGCGCGCGCGAGGAGGCGCGGCAGCUGCGCCCGCCGCCCCCGGUCCCGCCCUCGCGGCCCCCGCGCCCGGACCCCUGCGGCCCGCCCGCCUACGCGCACGCGGCCCCCGCCGGCGACAGCGAGGGCGGCAGCGGCCGCAGCAAGGCGUCCCUGGCCACCGUCCGCCAGGACCUGGCCAUCUAG